AUGACUGUUCCUGAUAUUGGUGUCCCACUGGCAUCACCAAUCUUUGCAGUUGGUAAUGGAAUUACUGAAAACGAACAAUUCAUCACACGAGGGCAGUGGAUCGAAUGGCGAGAUCAGUUAUUUUCAGUCGCCCAGAAGCCUGUUUGUGCUCCACGGAAACUGAGCUGGAAGAUGACUCCUUCCAGGUUCAAGAUCGGUAACUUUCCCAAUUGGGAUCAUUCAAACUUUGACGAAGAAGACCUUUGCCUACACUACUCGCCACCAACCCUCUUGUUUCCCAUUCGACAUCGUAGGGAUGAGCUUCAUGCGGGCCUGGCACAUGGUAAAAGCUAUUUUCAACCCACAUGGCUUUAUAUCGGGGUUGGAUUUGUAUUCAAAUACGUCAAUAUGGCAUUGGUGGCAGUUGGAAUCAAGGUUAUUUUGCUUUCAGGACGCUCUCACUCUCAAUUGAAAAAAUAA